CCCCUGACGUGGCCCGUGCUUGCGGUCGGGGGUAGGCUGGGCCGGAUUGUGCUCCCGGAGGUUGGGAGGUAAGGGGAGCAGAGCCCCGGAAACAGCGGCUGGGCUGGGUUGCGCUACCGGGGACGCCACGAUGCCGCUGGAGCUGGAGCUGUGCCCCGGACGCUGGGUCGGGGGGAGCCAUCCCUGCUUCAUCAUCGCCGAGAUCGGGCAGAACCACCAGGGCGAUCUGGACGUGGCCAAGCGCAUGAUCCGGAUGGCAAAGGAGUGUGGGGCCGACUGUGCCAAAUUUCAGAAGAGUGAGCUGGAACACAAAUUCAACCGUCGGGCUUUGGAGCGACCUUAUACUUCUAAACACUCCUGGGGGAAAACCUACGGAGAGCAUAAACGCCACCUCGAAUUCAGCCAUGACCAAUAUAGAGAGUUACAGAAAUAUGCUGAGGAAAUAGGGAUUUUCUUCACUGCCUCUGGAAUGGAUGAGAUGGCGGUUGAGUUUCUGGAUGAAUUGAAUGUUCCAUUUUUCAAAGUUGGAUCUGGAGACACUAACAAUUUUCCCUAUCUUGAAAAGACAGCCAAGAAAGGUCGCCCGAUGGUUAUCUCUAGUGGUAUGCAGUCCAUGGACACGAUGAAGCAAGUCUACAAUAUUGUGAAACCUAUAAACCCAAAUUUCUGCAUUUUGCAGUGCACCAGUGCUUAUCCGCUGCUCCCUGAAGAUGUCAACCUUCGUGUAAUUACAGAAUAUCAGAAAGCAUUCCCUGACAUCCCCAUAGGAUAUUCUGGGCAUGAAACUGGCAUCAUGGUCUCAGUAGCUGCAGUUGCUCUAGGGGCUAAGGUACUAGAACGUCAUGUGACUCUGGAUAAAACUUGGAAAGGGAGUGACCAUCAGGCAUCUCUGGAGCCAAAUGAAUUAGCAGAGUUGGUGAAAGCAGUCCGCCUUGUAGAAAAAGCCUUGGGAUCACCAAUUAAACAGCUUUUGCCAUGUGAGAUGGCCUGCAAUGAGAAGCUGGGUAAAUCAGUGGUGGCCAAAGUGAGGAUUCCUGAAGGUACCAUAUUGACAAUGGAUAUGCUUACAGUGAAGGUGGGUGAACCGAAAGGAUAUCCCCCUGAAGGCAUUGCUGAUCUCAUUGGCAAGAAGGUCAAAGUGAACAUUGACGAGGAUGAUACCAUCACAGAAGAAGCAAUAGAAAAUUUGUCAAAAAAAAUAAAAUCUUAAAGAAAAAUUACA